AUGUCUGGCAUUUUGCCUGCCCCUGCACUGUCUGGUGCAACUGCCUCGGCUGAGGUGGAAGUCUGCGAGGACGUCGUCUCGCUUCCCCCACCGUCUCCGAGGACUGUCUCGCCCAUGGCUGUCUCCCCGGCAGUCCCCACCCCUCCUUCGCUGCCUAUGGCAGGAGGUGCUCUGGCACCUUCCUCCAGCAUCAUCCAUACGGACGAUAAUCCAUCUGGCACUUCGGCGUCCCCUCCUGCAGUCAUCCCCAUGGAUGACGCCCCCACCGCCCUGGUUGUUCUCUCGAACAACCUCGCACCUAGCAGUGCCAUUCCCUUGAACGGCACAGAUCUUACUGCCGUUGUUCUGUCGAACAACCCCCCAUCCUCGCACACCGGAUGGGGCGAACCUUCUGGCAGCCCACUCGUUGGCUGGGGUACUUCAUCUGGAAGGGACUCCUCUGCUGGCUGGGGCGACCCUGCCGAUCCUCCGGAGUCAGCCCUCAUCCCUUGGGACGAGGAUGAAGAAGAAUUUGUCGAUGACGACGAAGAUCCUUACCUCGUCCCGUAUGGGGUAUCCCUCCACCCAAAGGAUGAUCGCGGCACGUCUUACGGACGUGAUGCACAAGGCUUCCCGAGGCCCCAAACGCCUGAGUACGCCUGGGGAUCUACUGAUCCCUUCUACUGUGACGCUUGUGCCUACGCCUCCGAGCCCUUCCCUCUCCUCGUGGGAAACCCUCACGCCAACUCACGGUUGGCUCUUCAUUCCACCGAGCAGCUCUUCGAUCGCCUGCAUCGCUGGACUGCAGAAGAGACUUGUGAUUGUCUCGCACUGGACUGCGAAGACCGCUCUGAUGAGUUGUUCUGCCUCUGUCACGAACAUAUCAAUCAAGUCAAAGGACUUGAAGAUGCUCUUCGAAAGAGCAAAGAAGACCUCGUGCCUUCCCUCGAGGAGAACGCAAGAUUGUCGUCCACUCUGGACAACACUAGGCAGCUCUGCUCGACUGCCAUGAAGAUGAUCUCCAAUGCCCAGCAAUUGGCAUCGCAGGCCAGAUUGGACACCGAGCAUUUCCAUCGGGACCGCGACAACUGGCGCUCCGAAUACGACUACAUUCAUGGUCAUCUCCACUCCUCUUCGGAUCACACAGAUCCUGCCCGUGCGCCCUCUACCAUGGGGGCUGCAAGCAUGUCUUUGCGACUGCGGCCGGCAUCCUCCCAUGAGACGCCUGACAAUCACAACGUCCCUAUGGACGACCCCAUCGUCAAGGAGCCUGCAUCGGCUCCUCCCCAACCCUCCACUGUUGCUUGGCAAGCGUCCCGCUGUGGACGAGCCCACCUCUGCACCUCCGCGCAAAGUACCGUCUAUAUCGACGGUAAUGGCAUCUUCUGGUGCCCCCAUCCCGAGCAAGUCUUACAGCUCGGUUGCGUCCAGUGCUGCUGGACUGCCUCUCACUCUCGCCCGGACAACUGCCACGGCAACAUCUGGCUCCUCUGGAGCUCCUACUCAUUCUGCGUCGACUCAGCUCAACGCUAA